UCUUUCCUUUUCCUCUAUCAGUUAUCAAAUUUAUUCGUUUAUGAGCUUCUCUGGUUGUUACAUGCAAUCUUACUCUUACCCAGUUAAGCCAUUAAUCUGUGUCAUUUGGAGAACCCAUCAUGACCCUCCGUGGAGGGUCUCAUUCCCUUGGAAACCCAGAACACUUAAGCCGGUUAAAUCCCCUAUACGGACAACAGUGGUUACUAUUAAUGGGAUAGAAACAGAAGAAGAUGGUGAUUUGAAAGAAGAGAGACCGAGGUUGAAGUGGGUUGAGGUAGGCCACAGCGCCACAGAAGAACAAAAGCAGGCGAUAUCUCAGCUCCCGCGGAAGAUGACCAAACGAUGUAAGGCCCUCAUGAGACAGAUCAUGUGUCUCUCUUCUCAAGAGAAAAAUCUAUCUCAGUUAUUGGACGCAUGGGUGAGAAUCAUGAGGCCCAGAAGAGCCGACUGGCUUUCAGUUCUUAAAGAAUUGAAGAGGAUGGAGCAUCCACUGCUAUUCGAGGUAACAGAACUUGCCCUCCCACAAGAAUCAUUUGAAGCCAAUGUUCGUGAUUACACCAAGAUAAUUGAUGGUUAUGGAAAGCAAAAUCGGUUGCAAGAUGCUGAAAAUGCUCUCCUAGCCAUGAAGAACAGAGGCUUGUCCUGUGAUCAGGUGACACUAACGGUUCUGAUUCACAUGUACAACAAGGCUGGUGAUCUUAAGCAGGCUGAAGCAACAUUCGAAGAGAUCAAGUUGCUGGGGGUGCCAGUUGAUAAAAGAGCUUAUGGAUCAAUGAUCAUGGCUUAUGUGAGAGCUGGAAUGACCAUGCAAGGAGAAAAUUUACUAAGAGAAAUGGAAGUUCAAGAAAUAUAUGCAGGAAAAGAAGUUUUUAAGGCAUUGUUAAGAGCUUACUCCAUGGUUGGUGAUACCAAAGGUGCUCAAAGAGUGUUUGAUGCUAUCCAGCUUGCUGGGAUGACCCCUGAUGUUAAGCUGUGUGCACUUCUCAUUAAUGCUUAUGUAGUGGCAGGUCAGAGUGACGACGCACGUAGUGUGUUUGAAAAUCUGAGGAGUGCUGGACUAGAGCCUAGCGAUAAAUGUGUAGCGUUGAUGUUGGCUGCUUAUGCAAAGGAGAACAGGCUUAAGAAGGCAAUGGACCUUCUCAUAGAUUUAGAAAGAGAUGGUGUUAUCAUUGGCAAAGAAGCAUCAGAGAUAUUGGCUGGGUGGUUUCGUAGGCUAGGGGUGGUUGGUGAGGUGGAGUUUGUAUUGAGAGAUUAUUCGAAGUUAGAUGUGAACAAACUGCCCUCUAGUUUCCUUAGAGCUUAGUUGAGUUGUUUACUCUGGGGCUCAUCCCCAUAAUAAAUCACUGUGCAAUGGGGCUAAUGGCAUAUGCAAGGAAUGAGACUUUCCAUGUACUAGUUUGGAGUUCUGGUCCAUGUAUAAAGAUAGCCCUUAUGAGUGACAAAAUCAUCCGUUAGACGGACACUGGUUUGAUUUUUUUCUC